CAGCCUAUCUUUGGUGACGUAUAUGACGAAGAGAGGGUCGACUUCCGGUUGCAGGCAACUCUGCCAACCUUUGAAGCAAUCCACCAUCAGCUGGUAAACCUGCUCCGCAUCAACGACGCCUGGCAUGUUGACGAGGCGAACUGGCACGCACUGCGUUCACUCCCGGGUGGGCGCGACCAAGCGGUGCACCGGGACUUUCCGACCUUCGAGACGGCGUGUGUGCUCCUUACCCGGAAGUUAGUUCAAGCUUCGGUAAUCAUCGCGCUCAUGGAUAAUACGUUCAUCCACGUCUACCUGGGGUGCUUUGGUGGACAGGUUGACCGUAGCAGACGGCGUACGAUCCAGCUA